CGGAGACAUUUAGAGAAACUGGCAAGCAAAAGGGCGGAGAGAUAGAGGAAAAAAAAGGCGGGAGAGGGGAAGAAUAAUUUAAUGAAGAGAAUAAGAUGCCAUCGCUCCCAGACUUCUCCGACAACCCCUUCCAAACCCGCAAUCAAUUCCAAGCCGCAGCCAGAACCUUAAUCAACGCAUUACGCCCUUUUCAUUCCCCAGGCGGUGCGCGUAUCAAACUCGCCUUAGCAACAGGCACGCAUUUCGACGAUGUCGCCGCGCAACUCGAAGGCUUUGCACGCCCGCUCUGGGCCAUUGGCUCUUUGGCGCACGCCGACACACUGAGUCCCGAUGAGGCGAAAGAAACAAUCGAGCCUUUUACUAGAGGGUUAGCAAAUGGAACGGACCCUAACCAUGCAGAGUACUGGGGCCCCGUUGUCCUGCGUGACCAAAGGAUGGUGGAAAUGGAGAUUAUUUCCUUUGCGCUGCUGGCGGCGCCGCAGACACUGUUCCAUUCGCAAACGGAGCGGGCGAGGACGAAUAUCACAGCGUGGUUGAAAACGAUUAAUGGGAAGGAUUUUCCGACGACGAAUUGGCUUUGGUUUAGGGUUAUGACGAAUCUGGCGCUGGUACGGGUGUGUGGUGUGCCGCGGGAGGAGGUGCUGGGGGCUAUGCAGGCGGAUUUGGAUCUCAUGGAGGAGUUUUAUAGAGGGGAGGGGUGGGCGGCGGAUGGGAUGUGGAGUGAUGAGGGACGCCAGGCGGAUUAUUACUCUGGGAGCUUUGCGAUUCAGUUUUCGCAGCUGGUAUAUGUGAAGAUGGCGGGGGAUCUGGAUCCGGAGCGGUGCGAGCGGUUUCGAAGUCGAGCGAGGGAGUUUGCGAUGAGUUUUUGGCGGUACUUUGAUACUAAUGGCGCUGCUAUCCCCUUUGGCCGCAGUCUCACAUACCGCUUUGCACUCGCAGGCUUCUGGUCCGCCAUCGCCUUCGCAGACGUCUCUCUACCCGCACCUUUGGACGACUGGGGCGUGAUCAAAGGACUUCUCCUCCGCCACUUCCGCUGGUGGGCCACGAAACCCGACAUCUUCAACAGCGACGGCACCCUCACCAUCGGCUUCGCAUACCCAAACAUGUACCUGAGCGAAGACUACAACAGCCCGCAAUCCCCUUACUGGUCUAUGAAAUCCUUCCUCGCACUAUCCCUCCCAUCAACCCACCCCUUUUGGACAUCUGAAGAAAAGCCAUUGCCGCGCAGCGAACCCUAUGCAAUCGUCCCAGUAAAACCCCCAAUGCAUAUCCUCUGUAACAACCCGAACCACCACUUCCUCCUCUCCACCGGUCAAUUCUGCCCCUGGCCCCUCAAAGCUACAGAGGCGAAAUACGGAAAAUACGCAUACUCAUCUCACUUCUCCUUUAGCGUGCCCACCGGACCUUUACUUCAGCAACUCGCGCCAGAUAGUAUCCUCGCACUGAGUAAAGACGGCGGCGACACAUGGCGCGUACCGUGGAAAGUCCAAUCCCCCCGUUUCGACACCGUAGACCUGCUGCACAACGGCGAAGUCGCAGAAACAGUGCCUGCGCUGCGCAGCGAGUGGAAACCGUGGGUGGAUGCGGAGAUAGUAGUGUCAACAUUGCUUAUUGCGCCGUGUGCGCGCUGGCCGGAUUGGUAUGUACGGUGGCAUAGUAUCAAGAAUGACGGUGCGAGUAAUGUGCAAUUGAGGGCUGUGCAGGGUGGGUUUGCGAUUCAAGGGCGGGGGCGUAGGAAAGGGGAGGUACUGCCGGAAUUCACUAGUGUAUCGGAGCUCAAGAGUGCUGCUGUGGAGCAGGACCAGGUGUCGGUCCCGGAAGGUACAGUGACAGAUGGGGAUUCAACGGUUAUAUGUUCGGAUGCAGGUGCGAGUGGUGUUCGCAUGCUGAGGUUACAGGGCGAGCAGCAGAGACCUGCCAUAAUGCGGCAGUGGGCGCAGAGUCUCAAGCCAGAUGCUAAUACGAAUUUGGUAUGGCAGCGGACCCUUAUACCAACAGUUGGUGUGGAUGCUGUUGCUAGGUGUUCGGCGGUUGAUGCUGGACCUGUGCUCUUUGGCUGUGCAGUGUUCGCGUUGGCGUUGACAGAGCAUAGAGCAGAGACGUACACUCAGAGGCUGGAUCUGGAGAAAUCGUGGAUGGAUACGCCGAUUGUUGGCGUUGGAAAUGAAAACACUAAUAGUAAUGAGUGGUAUCUCAGAGUUGAGUAGACAUACCAAACUGUUGGAAACAACUUCCACACGACGUUAUUUCUUCUUUGCAAACAGCCUUGUUAUCGAUCAUAUGUGAAACGCAGACAGCAA